UUAUCAACGUCCUCAGCUGUUAAUAAUUUCCAUUUCACUGCUGUAUUGGUUUCGAAGUACGGCAGAUUGUUGGAAAUUUGAUGGCGGUGGUCCUGGGUCUCUCGGUCCUGGUUAUCGUGUUCCUCGCAGUGCUUCCAACCUGUUAGCAGCACGAGGGCCACCGCCAGUGAUACCAAAUGCUGGUGGAGGUGGUGGUGGCGGCGGCGGUAGCUUUGCCAACCUCUUCAAUUCACAGCCUCAAGAUAUACUCUACUCCUGCCCACUAAAUAGCAUGUGUCAAUGUGCCGGAUUACCGAAUGAGACAACGACACUUAUCGAAAUUAAUUGCAACGAGGUGGAGCUGUAUAAAUUUCCAGAAUUCAUACACAGCUCGGUGCGCUACAUUGAAAUGUCCAACACCCACCUGCAGAGUGUCGAUGACGAAACAUUUCAGGGUCUCAGACUGAAAACAUUAAAACUUAUUGACAACGAAUUACAGGAUAUAUCCGAACGUAGUUUCAGCACCAUGACCCACAGUUUAAUGACUUUGGACAUAUCAGGGAAUAAAAUGCAGCAAAUACCCUAUGAAGCAUUACAAAGACUACAUUCAUUAACACGUUUGGUGGCGCAACGAAAUCACAUAACAUCCUUAGAUGUCAACUGGGAGGCACAGCAUGACACCUUACGGUCACUACAUUUAGCUGGUAAUGACAUUACCGAAGUAUCGCCCACCUCACUGCAUGAAGGUGUCAGCCAUCCUUCAUCGGCUGCCAUUCAAACCAUAACCAAAGAUGAACAUCUUCUCAAAGGUUCACACAUAUCCUCCAAUUCCAUAACCGGCCUGACACACUCGACCAGCAGCCACCAAACGGGAAAACCGUUUAAUCGUCUGCAGAAAUUGUUAUGGCUGGACCUGUCGAACAACAGAAUUUAUCACAUCUCACCCAACUUUCUGCCCCGCAGUCUCAUAACAAUCGACUUGUCUGGCAACCUGUUGUCAGCAUUUCCCCACCACUUGUUCGAACAUCUGUAUGAGCUGAGAAUUAUUUCACUGCGUGAUAAUCUGGUGAAAAGUUUAAUGACCAAAGACCAACGGCAGGUGCGAAUACAUUUGGAGAAAUUGGACAUGGGCAAAAAUCUGAUAGAGACAUUGGAAAGCGACUGUUUUCAAACGAAUUACUCGGACGUCCAUAUCAGAGCAUUGAAUUUGGAAAAGAACUACAUAAGGCAUUUGCCAGCCGCUGUGUUCCGAGACAUCGGUACGGUGCAUUUAGUGUUGGCCUUCAACGAGAUAGAACGGAUCCAUGUUAACGCCUUUGAGGGCAUAGAGGAAACAUUGGAAUAUCUGGAUCUGGAGAGAAAUAAUCUAAACAGCGUUCCUGGGGCCAUCAGUCGUCUGAAUCGCUUAAAAUAUCUUUACCUGACAUCGAAUAACAUCAAUCAGUUGAGCAAUUUACCGGAGAAUACUGAAAAUUUGAGAGUGCUCUCGUUGAGUGGGAACAAUUUCACGAUGAUUCCUGUGUUGGGUCUCAAGAACUACACCAACCUUUCCUAUUUGAAUAUGGGUUAUAACUCGAUAAGUGAUAUACCCGAAAGCAUCUUCACUGUAGAUUCUUGGGGUUCAAAUUUGCAAACCAUUCUGUUGAGAAACAAUAAAAUUACCCAUCUACAUUUGAACUCCUUUGCCGGACUGGAUCAAAUUCAGGAAAUUUCUCUCAGUUUUAAUGACAUCAAUAUUCAUCACCCCAUGGUAUUUGAGAAUGUCUCGAAAACCUUAAAGAUAUUGGAAUUAUCAUUUGCGGUAUUUCCGGCACGCAGCAUGGAAUCUAUAGACCCUUUGGAUGCUCUGUACCCACUGUCACAGCUUAUGUGGCUGGGCUUGGACAAUAACAAUCUGAAACAUUUAAACAAUGAAUCGUUUUCGAAUAUGCGUGAACUUUCCUACAUAAAUUUGGGAUUCAAUCAACUGAAGUCGUUGCCGAAGGGUUUAUUUUUGCCCGAGAUUCAUUCCCAUUUGGUGGAAAUAGAUUUGGGCUAUAAUUCCCUGGAAAAAUUAUCCGCUCAAACAUUCUAUAAUCUUGGAGAUUUGCAGACGCUGAACUUACAGUCGAAUAAAAUCCGUUUGAUCGAGAAACAUGCCUUCCACAAUUUGGAAUUCCUGCGUUAUAUUGAUUUAUCGUACAACAAAUUGUCCAACAUAUCACAUCAGGCAUUCACAACACUGCCAAAUUUAGCUGCUCUGGAUCUGAUGUUUAAUAAUUUGUGUUCGUUCUCGUUGAAAACAUUUCACUAUGUGUCGAAUACCACCACUCCGUUGAAAUUGAACCUUACCUACAAUCGCAUCAGCAACUUUGAAGAUACCCUCUCAUCGUACAUGUAUAUCUACAAUUUAGAUAUAAGUCACAACCUAAUCAGCAAACCAGAUAGCUUCGCCAACUUAGCCAAUACCUUGAGAUUUCUGAACUUGGCCCACAAUUCCAUACAGAAUUUGGCCAAUCAUGCCUUUGGUGAUUUGGAAUUCUUGGAAAUACUCAACCUGUCACAUAACAAUAUAACGAGCUUGAGGCGUCGCAGCUUUCAGGGACUUAAUUCCUUGCAGGAAUUGGAUUUGAGUUAUAAUCGUUUGGAUCAGCUACAGGUGGAACAAUUCUCCAAUCUUAGGAAGUUGAGGAUCUUGAAAAUACGCUGCAACAAAUUGAAAGCUUUGCCGCGUGAAGUCUUCAUGAAUACCCGACUGGAGUACUUGGAUAUAUCGGAUAACCAGUUAACUGUGUGGCCAGUGCCUGCCUUUUCCGAUGUGGGCUUUACACUGCGCAACAUACAAAUGUCUACCAAUCUGUUGGAAUAUUUGGACUCCAGCAUGUUUAUAAAUUCUCAAUUCUUGUAUGACAUCAAUUUGUCGUAUAAUAAGAUUACCGUUUUACCCGACAAUACCUUCAGCUUUUUGAAUAAUUUAACGAAUUUGGAUUUAUCGGCGAAUCCAUUGGUCACCACCAACCUAAAAGAGAUCUUCCUACACACACCACGUCUAAGACGUCUCAAAAUAUUUAAUAUGGGUCUCUAUGUGCUGCCUCAACUAAAUCUUCCCCAACUUUCCUAUUUGGAUGUUAGCGGUAAUUUUUUGCAAGAAUUAUCAUCGCUGCACGAAAUGCGCCAACUGAGAUUUGUAAAUGUGUCACAUAAUAAGUUCGUUAAUGCCUCGUGUGCUGUGGAACACCUACCACCCUCGGUAAGGGUUUUAGAUUUAGCUCACAAUCCCCUCAGAAGAAUAACCGUGCACGAUAUGGCUUCCUUGAGGCAUCUUUCAGAACUCAAUCUGUUAGAUGUCAAAGUUAUAAACCCUUUGGCAUUUGCCAAGCUAAGGUCACUGAGGAAAUUACACCUAACCGCCCAUAGUAAUUUGGGUGAAAUUGUGUCUCGAAUACCGGGACUGCAGGAACUGAAAGUCCACAGCGUAGAUGCCAAUAUUGGCGGUCAACUGUUUGCCAAAUUAAUCAACAAUACCAAACUCCAUUUGGUGGAAAUAUAUGGGACCAAUAUUCAAACCAUAUCACCGGAUGCAUUCGAAGGACUGGCUCGCAAUCAGAAGCUGCAAGUAAAAAUAUCACAUACGAAAAUAUCCGAUUUACCACCGGGCAUAUUCUAUCCCUUGAGAUUGGUGCCCCAUCUUUCCAUCGAUAUAUCGGAUAAUAAAAUCAAUGCACUGGCAGCCGAUAGUUUUUAUCCGAAUAAAACCUAUUGGGAUACAGUGGGUACACGCAGUAUUAUUGGUGGCCUACAGACAUCAAAUAAUCCGCUAGAAUGUGAAUGUGGCCUCGUGUGGUUCGGUCAUUGGCUGCGAAGAUGGUUACGUGAAUCUGCUCAAAUAAAAGUCAUACAAAAGGAUGACAUGAAACAAAUGGUUCAGCGUGCUCGUGCCAAUACCUGCCAUGAUCCCACCUCUGGCAAACAGAUGCCGAUUUUGGAAAUUUUCCCCGAAGAUCUGCUGUGUCAGGCAUCUGCCCUUAGCAGUUCCGGCGAAAAGCUGUUUCUUAUUUCGUUUGCUGUCAUCAUUUUACCCCUGUUCGGCAUGACACUUUGAUAAUCGUAAGCCUCAUUAUCCUCAUUUCAUUAAAUGAAUACAAAGAAGUCUUUAUUUGACUUUGUCACGCCAUAAUGUGAUGCGUAGCUGGCUGGCU